UGGCCCUUUACUGUCAGCUCUUAAUCACUUCUGCUGACUUUGACUAAAACUUUUUCCAACACACUUUGGUGUUCUUCCAUUUUUCUUAUCUUGAUUGUGAUUUUAGCUUCACGGAGAGAAUACGUUUAAGGUUUUCUGUGACCACAAGGGCUUUUGAAGAACAUCUUUGACCUUUUUCGCCGUGGUGUUGUUCUCAGAGUCGUCUGCAGAGGCCGAUGGAUCUGUCAGACUUCCCCUUCCCUCUCUCCACCGGCGAUGACCUCUAUGACCCCUGCUUCAGCACCAGCGACCUGAACUUUUUUGAGGACCUGGAUGCCCGGCUGUCGCACGCCGGCCUGCUGAAGUCAGAGGAGCACCUGCAUCACCACGUCCCAACGUCAGAGGAGGAGGACCAGCACGUGCGGGCCCCCGGGGGCCUCCACCAGGCGGGCCACUGCCUGCUCUGGGCCUGCAAAGCCUGCAAGAGGAAGACCACGCAUGCGGACCGGAGGAAGGCGGCGACCAUGCGAGAGAGGCGACGGCUCAGCAAAGUCAACGACGCUUUCGAGACGCUGAAACGCUGCACGGCCUCCAAUCCCAACCAGCGGCUCCCCAAAGUGGAAAUCCUGCGAAACGCAAUCAGCUACAUCGAGUCGCUGCAGGCGCUGCUGAGGGGCGGCCAGGACGACAGCUUCUACCCGCCGCUGGAGACGUACGGCAGGGAGUCGGAUGCCUCCAGCCCCCACUCCAACUGCUCUGACGGCAUGAUGGAUUUCAUGACUCCACGUUCAUCCAGAAGUGAAAACAAAGACAUUUCCUACUGUAACCAGACAGCAGACGAUUGCAGCAGCAGUAGCAAAACAUCGCCCAUUUCCAGCCUGGACUGCCUGUCCAGCAUCGUGGAGCGCAUCAGCACUGACCCAGUUGCAACCCCAGCGGGAGACAGCGUGGUUCCUCGGGGCCCCGGCUCACCUCACAGCAGCCCCGCCGCCUCCAGCUCACCCGUCGACCCCAACAGCAUCUACGAGCCCAUCUGAACCAUUUCCCUCACAACAGACUCUUUACCUCCAUUUUAAAGGAGCGAACACAAAAAUAUUCCUGGUUUCGGAUUUAUGGAUGAGAUACUUUGUCGACUGCAUCUUUUUUUUGUUGGUAGAGACUUUUUUUUUGUCCUGAAGUUUGAGUUUCUUCAGUUUUUAGCCUAUAAACUGAACGCUGCUGUCUGCUUCAAACAUCCCAGCAGAAUGUUAAAGGACGGGACCUUUUCCACACUGAUUUCUGCUGAUCAGUACUGAGGACCAUUUAUUACAUCUGGAAUUAAGAGCUAAAUACCAUUUAAUGUCAUAGAGCACACUCUAAUGCUUAGGGAGAUUGUUCUAUAAUAUGUUUCUACAAUAUUUAUGAGUUAUUGAAAUAUCAAUA